UCAAAAAAAGAACCAGAAGAAGUGCUUUUCUGCAGUUAAAAUAAAAUCCACAGUGUGUUAGAGGUCAGAGAAAGACCUGACCAUGACGUCUCCCAUCGGCUCCUUCACGGCCUGGGACUACGCAGUGUUCGGCCUGAUGCUCCUGGUGUCGGCGGCCAUCGGCCUGUACUACGCCUGCGUAGACCACCGGCGUCACCGACGCGGCGACGCCGGCCAGACCUCCGGUGAGUUCCUGACGGCGGGCCGCAGCCUGUCGGCGGUGCCCGUGGCCAUGUCGCUGUCGGCCAGCUUCAUGUCGGCCAUCACGGUGCUGGCCACGCCGGCCGAGGUCUACCGCUACGGCGCCGGCUACCUCUGCUACGCGCUGGCCCACCUCAUCGUCAUGGUGACCUGCUCUGAGGUCUUCCUGCCCGUCUUCUACCGCCUGGGCAUCACCAGCACCUACGAGUAUCUGGAGAUGCGCUUCAAUCGAGUGACACGACUGUUUGGAACGGCCUUGUUCAUCCUGCAGACUGUUCUCUACACUGGUAUUGUCAUCUAUGCCCCUGCUCUGGCUCUCAACCAAGUAACUGGUUUUGAUCUGUGGGGGGCAGUCACAUCCACAGGAUUGGUCUGUACUUUGUACUGCACUCUGGGUGGUCUGAAGGCAGUCGUAUGGACUGAUGUCUUUCAGAUGGCCAUCAUGUUGGCUGGUUUCCUCGCCGUCAUCGUCCAAUCAGUGCUGAGACAAGGUGGAGUGUCGGCCAUCUUGAAUGAUGCGGCGGAGGGCGGGCGACUUGAUCUCUGGGAUUUUGACCCCAACCCACUGAGGAGACACACCUUCUGGACUGUGACGUUCGGUGGGGCCUUUGUCUGGAUCUCGGUCUACGGCAUUAACCAGGCGCAGGUCCAGAGAUACAUCUCCUGCAAGUCCAUGGGCCAGGCCAAGCUGUCUCUGUAUGUGAACUUGCUGGGUCUGUGGUUGAUCCUGCUGUGUUCCGUGUUUGCUGGCUUGUGCCUCUACUCUGUCUACAAGCACUGCGACCCCUGGACCACGGGCCGAAUAUCCUCUCCUGACCAGCUGAUGCCGUAUUUGGUGCUGGACAUACUGCAGGGAUAUCCAGGGCUUCCUGGCCUGUUUGUAGCUGCGGCAUACAGCGGAACCCUCAGGUACACAGUGUCAUCUAGCAUCAAUGCGUUGGCUGCCGUGACUCUGGAGGACCUGGUGAAACCGUACACCCAACUGUCUGAGGCCCAACUCUCCCUCCUCUCCAAGGCCCUCAGUUUUGUGUAUGGUGCAGUGUGCAUUGGAAUGGCAGGGUUAGCUUCUCUGAUGGGUGGUCUGCUACAGGCGGCGGUCAGCAUCUUUGGUGUAGUGGGAGGGCCACUUUUGGGCCUGUUCAGUGUGGGCAUACUCUGCCCCUUUGUCAACUCAGUGGGGGCGCUGUGCGGGUUGCUGUGUGGCCUGGUGCUGUCCCUGUGGGUGGGCAUCGGUGCCCAGCUUUACCCGCCCCUGCCCUCCAUGAGUCGACCCCUGGUGCUGGCCACGCACGGCUGCAACGCCACCCUGGGUCCCCUGGACACCAUCCUCCGCCCUACCAUCACUUCACACAUUCACACCGGAGGAAUCUUGGAUCCCACUGUCAUCAGAAGCACCACACAUAUCACUACCACCACUCCCACCACACUCAACCACACUCUGUGGCCGGGGAACUUCUCCAGUGUUCACCUGAAUGACACACACAGCAUCAGCAGUAGCAAUAGGCCCCUGCUCGCCGACACUUGGUACUCUGUGUCCUAUCUCUACUUCAGUCCCAUCGGCACCCUCACUGCAGUGUCUGUGGCUAUCAUCGUCAGCCUUUUAUCAGGAAAGCGAAAGGUGAAGUCUUCAGAGGGACUCACACUAUGCAAGGAAGACCUCACUCUUUACACCCUCUUCAGCCUACUGAAAGAGAAGAUGACCGCCAACUCAGGGAAGCUUGACUUGAGAGGGGGCAUUGAGGGGGAGGGGAAGUUUGGGCGUAACAACCCAGCUUUCUGCAGCGUGGAGCUCUCCAACACUUACAGCAGCUCCACCAGACCCCCUUCAUAGGAUGCACACUUUGUAGGGUCCUUGGAGGCUCUAAUUGAUAUUUGUUUGUCAUUUUGAAGUGUUCUGUAUGCAAAAAUCAGUUGUACAUACGGUAUCACAUUGUGAGGAAAUAGGCAUGUCCUAACCAAAAGUACAGUAUGCUUUAUGUAUAGAAUUAAUCUUCUGACUGACUAGGGUUAGUCCGUCCAGAGGUGCAACUUGUCACAGUAGGUGACAUAAUAGGCAUCUUGCUAGUGGCGAUUUGUUUCGAAAGUUCAUUCUUUUGAUUUUUUUCUUUUGCUUGACUUUUUGCAGCACACUACCAACCAUACCUGUUGAAAAAUGAUGGGCCUUUUUUAUCAGUGUCUUGCAUAGGAAACAAAUAAACACAAAGCAAAACAUC